AUGGAUAUCCAGACUCAUUUCAACGUAGAAUCACCAAAUAGAAGUAGUUAUGGCGCCUUAGCAAUAGGUCAUAAAAUCCUUGUGUUUGGUGGAAUUACUAAAGAUAAUGUAGAUAUAUUGCGUAGUAUCAUAGCCUUCGAUACUUGCAAAGUUCGAUGGAGUAACGCGGAUUUGGCGCCACUUCCUAAACCCAUUGCACUGUUAUCGCCUUGUCUAUGUGAUAAUCGCUUAUAUAUUAUUGGCGGUAGCCACGAAAAUUCAUCAACUGCGACUAAUGAGGUAGCCUAUCUGGAGAGUGGUAGUGAUCACUGGGUUUAUGUUUCUCCGAUGAAUGUUGCCAGAAAUGAUAGCGUGGUUGCUGUUUUAGAUAAUUUAAUUUAUGUAGGCGGAGGCCAGAAUGAUAAAGGGAAAGUUGACAGCUUUGAAAGAUAUAACCCUAGCACUGAUACGUGGGAAUUAUUAAAUUGGAGCAUACCAUUUUCAGAAUAUCCUGACUCUCAUGUAUUAACAGUUUACAACGGAUGUUUAAAUUAUAUUUGGAAUUCGUAUAGACGUCAUCAUUGUCAUACGUAUAACCCAAUACAAAAUGAGUGGACUGAAGUAUCUGCUAGUGCCAUUCUUCGUUCUAAAUAUCGCGUAGGGGUAGACCAAUUUAACAAUUGCGAAUGUCUAAAUAAAUUAUUUAUUAUACGUGUCACAAACCAGCUUCGUGACAAGGAUAACGUAAAAUAA